AUGCUACCGGCCCCCUGCACCUACCCAAAGGCCCCUACACGCUACCGGCCCCCUGCACCUACCCAAAGGCCCCUACACUCUACUACCAGCCCCCUGCACCUACCCAAAGGCCCCUACACGCUACCGGCCCCCUGCACCUACCCAAAGGGCCCUACCGGCCCCCUGCACCUACCCAAAGGCCCCUACCGGCCCCCUGCACCUACCCAAAGGCCCCUACCGGCCCCCUGCACCUACCCAAAGGCCCCUACCAGCCCCCUGCACCUACCCAAAGGCCCCUACACGCUACCGGCCCCCUGCACCAACCCAAAGGCCCCUACACUCUACUACCAGCCCCCUGCACCUACCCAAAGGCCCCUACACGCUACCGGACCCCUGCACCUACCCAAAGGCCCCUACCGGCCCCCUGCACCUACCCAAAGGCCCCUACCAGCCCCCUGCACCUACCCAAAGGCCCCUACACGCUACCGGCCCCCUGCACCUACCCAAAGGCCCCUACACUCUACUACCAGCCCCCUGCACCUACCCAAAGGCCCCUACACGCUACCGGCCCCCUGCACCUACCCAAAGGCCCCUACACGCUACCGGCCCCCUGCACCUACCCAAAGGCCCCUACACGCUACCGGCCCCCUGCACCUACCCAAAGGCCCCUACACGCUACCGGCCCCCUGCACCUACCCAAAGGCCCCUACCGGCCCCCUGCACCUACCCAAAGGCCCCUACACGCUACCGGCCCCCUGCACCUACCCAAAGGCCCCUACCGGCCCCCUGCACCUACCCAAAGGCCCCUACCGGCCCCCUGCACCUACCCAAAGGCCCCUACACGCUACCGGCCCCCUGCACCUACCCAAGGACCCCUACUGGCCCCUACUGGCCCCUACUGGCCCCUAG